CUGAGCCAUUUAAUUCAAUAUCUUUUUUUUUUGGGUGCUCUGGUAGUUUCAUUCUCUAAUCAUCUCGUUCACUGUCAGACUCGCCUAGUCAGUCUUUUUUUUCCCGCUUCCUUUCUUCAGAACAAAUAUGCGGCUCUCGAAGAGCUAUGUGCCGGCACUCUUGGCCCUGGCUUCAGUAGCUGUCGCUACGGAGCCAGAGAUGGUCAUCACUGAGACUGUUCACGAGACCAUGCACGAAACAGUACAUGUGACUAUGCCGCCAGAGACGAUAAAAGAGACUGUUCAUGUAACAUUGCCGCCAGAAACAGUAAAGGAGAUGGUACAUGUGACACUGCCGCCCCAGACAGUAAAAGAGACGGUGAAAGAGACAGUUCACGUAACCUUGCCGCCAGAGACAGUUAAGGAAACGGUUCAUAUAACGCAGCCACCUAUGACGGUAAAGGAGACAGUCCAUAUAACUCUACCACCUCAAACGGUGAAAGAGACCGUCCAUAUAACCCUGCCACCCUCGACGGUGAAGGAGACGGUGAAAGAGACGGUACACGUUACGCAAACGGCACAUGUUACACUACCUCCAGAGACCGUACACGUCACGCUCCCUCCCCAAACAGUAAAGGAGACGAUCCAGGUGACUAAGGUGGAAGAGAAGCUCGUCACGAAGACCCAGUUACAUACGGUGGUCCAAACCGCCAUCCAGACGAAGGUUGAGACCAAGGUCGAGUCCGUACACGUAACUCUACCCCCGCAAACCGUGAAGGAGACCAUUGCGGUGAGCGUGCCUGUAACGAAGGUGGAAACAGUCAAGGAGAGCUUUGCCGUGACGAAGGUGGAGACGUCGAAGGAGACCCUGCAGGUCAGUGUUCCGGUAACGAAGUUGGAGACUCUCAAGGAGACGGUCCAGGUACACGUCAGUGUCCCAGUGACAGUCAAGGAAUCCUUUGCUGUCAGUGUUCCGGUCACAGUGAAGGAGUCGAUAGCAGUCAGCGUUCCGGUAACGGUCAAGGAAUCGGUGCCGGUGACAGUCAAGGAAAGCAUUGCCGUCAGCGUCCCGGUGACUGUUAAGGAAACUGUACACGUCAGUGUUCCAGUAACUGUCAAGGAGUCCGUUGCUGUCAGCGUUCCUGUAACAGUCAAGGAGAGCGUAGCUGUGACGCAGGUACAGACAGUCAGAGAGAGCGUUGCCGUCAGCGUCCCAGUGACCGUCAAGGAAUCUGUACACGUCAGCAUUCCAGUAACUGUCAAGGAAUCUAUCGCAGUUAGUGUUCCGGUAACAGUUAAGGAAAGCGUAGCGGUAACGCAAACUGUCAAGGAGAGCGUCGCAGUCAGCGUGCCUGUGACUGUCGCUGUCACGAAGACCGAGGUCCUCAGCCAUCUACAGACCGCGGUGCUUACUGAAACCGUUCACAUCACUGCUCCGCCGCAGGUAGUCAAGGAGACCGUACACGUUACGCAGGCUGUGACCGAAACUGUCCACGAGACGGUCCAUGUUACCUUACCACCGCAUGUUAUGACGGUUUCCGAAGUCGUCCAUGUCACUGUCACUGAGGUCGCGUCAGCUUGCGAUGCAGUUCCCCCGAUGACCCAUGAAACAACAACCGCGAUGGCCCACGAAACCACAUCCGCGAUGGUCCAUGAAACAACGUCUGCCAUGGUCCACGAAACGACAUCUGUCAUGGUCCAUUCAACUGCAGUUGUCCCGCCCAUGGUUCACGAAACGUCAACUAUGGCACAAUACAUUAAUUCCACGUCCGUCGCUCCGCCCAUGGUCCACGAGACUGCUGUGCCGACAGAGGCAGUCAACUCUACCAUGCCCGCCGGAACAGCCACCGGAGCGAUGCCGCCAGCACCCGCAUCCUCUCUAGCCUUGGGAUACAUGAUUCCCCAUAACGCACGUCGGUGGCGGGCGUAGAGAAUUAUUUAAUUAAGAGUGCGCGAAAUAUCACGACGGGUUUUUGGGAGUGUUAGACUUUGAUAUACACUACGGGAUGUGCUUAUGGGUACUGGGCCAUUACAGAGCUGGACAAAUGCAGCAAAGGAUUUCCUAAUGUUAUUUAAUUCGUUCGACUUCUGUUCCACGGUCCGGCCCCCCCAAUGUUUUUUUAACGGCUUUAUAUGCAAGAUGUAGAUGACAGGACAAAUGAAAUGAUUUAAUAUAUCUUUAUAAUGG